UAAUAAAGUAUUUUGAGUCUCUCUCUAGGUUUAAGAUUCCCUGUCGAUGUUCAACGUUUGUGUCAGUUCGACAUGAAUAUAUUUCAUGCCAUCAUAUGUUGUCUAGGUCAAAACAGAAGUGAUAUAUAAACCAAGAAAACCACAGAAAAGGCCAAACACUUAACUUUCGGCCACGUAAUUCAACACUGGCUCAGAUGCUACCAACUCUAGUUUGCGUCACAAUUCUUAACUUAUUAUGGUUUGUUGACACCAGAACUUUCUCCUAAGCAAUUUGCUCUAACAUCGGCACUUCCUCAUUUGGAAAUAUUCACUCCUGGCAUUCUAACACGGCACCAACCUUAAAUUACCUCACGAAAAACGUCCCAAUCUAACUAUUUAGUUACGGCAUAUGAUCACUGUCAGUGGCAUAUGCUGACACAACGGCUUUCCUAAGAUAUAUAACACUUUUUCUUUCAUGUGUGUUGCGUUUGUGGCCAUGUUCAUUUCCCUUACAAGUUUUCCAACACUUUUUCUUCUCUUCUUUAGGUGACAUAUACAGUUACAUAAGAGAGAGACAUGAGUGACAUGGAGAGAGCAAUGGAAGAAAAGAAAAGGAGGGGUUUGAGGGAUUGUUUCACAUCAUGGCAGGUUGUAUUGAGCAUGAUAAUGGUGCAAGGUUUUGUGACAGGGAUGCAGCUUCUUUCAAGGGUCAUUUUGGUUCAGGGUUCCUUCAUCUUUUCACUCAUUGCAUAUCGCCAUAUUGUUGCUGCAUUUUGUGUUGCACCUUUUGCUCUUUACUUUGAGAGAGACCGCACAGUGAGUUUUACUCCCAAAGUUUGGUUUUGGCUCUUCGUUAACGCAUUGGUUGGAAUGACUCUGGCUCAAGGCUUAUUCUAUUAUGGGCUGAGAGAUACUUCAGCUACUUACUCUGUUAACUUUCUCAACAUGGUUCCAAUAUGCACAUUCCUCACCUCAGUCAUUUGUAGAUCGGAGAAAUUAGGGCUGAAAAAUUGGAGUGGUAGAACUAAGUGUGCAGGGGCAAUUUUGUGUGUUGGUGGAGCAUUACUUACCAGUUUUUACAAAGGCAAACAAUUUUAUCUUUUUCAUCAUAGUCAUCAUGCUCAAACUGCUGUUGCAGCACACCCAACUCACAUGCUUCGGGGUACUUUCCUUUUGAUCGGCAGCUGCUUCUCAUACACAGCUUGGUUUCUUCUACAAGUCCAAUUGCUUAAAGUAUUUCCACUUAGGUAUUGGGCAACAAUGCUAUCAUGCGUUAUAGCAGCAAUUCAAGCAGGAAUCGUAGGGGUCUGCAUAGAUUCUAGUAAAGCUGCUUGGAGAUUAGAGUGGAAUCUACAACUGGUCACCAUAAUCUACUCUGGAGCACUGGCUACUGCUGCUACAUUCUGCAUACUAUCUUGGGCAAUAACAAUCAAAGGACCUACUUAUCCUUCGAUGUUCAAUCCCCUCUCUCUUAUUUUUGUGGCCUUUUCAGAAGCUCUCAUUCUCGGACAACCACUGACCUUUGGAACGUUGUUGGGCAUGGUUUUGAUCAUAGUUGGGUUGUACUCCUUCUUGUGGGGAAAAAGAAAUGAGAAAAUGGGCAUCACUCAACAGCCAAUCGUGGCAGCUGCAGAAGUGUCAAAUAUCUCUGAUUUGAUUGCUGGGGCAGAAUCAACAGCUACAGUAGUGCCAAGUUCUUCACCGCUGAAUACUCUGGAUUUGGAACACGAUGCUCCUCACAAAAAUUGAAAAGGAAAACUUCAUUUUACUUAUGUUGGCCUGAAAAAAAAUCUACAAUGAUAAAUCAAUGCUUAAUGUAAAUAAAUUUUGUUUGCAACUUA